CUGUGCACAGGACCACAGUCAGCCUCUGCUCCUCGAGGACCUCACAGGAUUUCUCAGGAUUAGGAUUUGGAAAAGUUAGACUAAAAUGGAGCUUUUGUUGGAGCUGCUGACCGGGAUUUGCCUGUCUACACUAGCACUGUGCUCUUUCCCAGAUCUAAAGCCUCCAAAAGCCGAAAACGUGCACUGGGUUUCUCAUGACUUUAAAACCAUCCUCAAGUGGUCUGCUCCCCCUUCGAACUACACCUUCACCGUCAUGUACUCUGUUGAAGGCAGUGACUGGCUCUCUGCUUCACAUUGUAUCAAGAUCCCACACACCGAAUGUGACCUGACCGACGAGCUGCAGUAUCAAGACAAGAUGUUUCAAGCUGAUGUCCAGACUGAGGGCAGCCUGGGCUUUGACUACGAGGAGUUUCCAAACACUGAAUCCACUCACUUCAACCCCUACAAACAGAGUGAGCUGAGUGCAGUGACGUUUUCCAUCCAGAAGGUGGCAGAGCGCUCGGUCACAUUGAACAUCUCGGACCCUCUGUCAGGGAUCCACACCAAGGGCAAGCAGCUCUCAAUCCGGGACAUCCUGAAGAAAGAUCUCAAGUACAAAGUGUCUUAUCACAAGCCCACGAAGAAGCCGUGGGAACUGGAGGUGGACUCUAACAUGCCCCAGAUCCAAAAACUGAACCCGGGUCAGAGCUACUGCUUCAUGGUGGCUGCUUUUGUCCCGAGCCGUGCCCUACCCCUCCAGCGGGGGGAGUGGAGUGCUCAUAUCUGCACCUCGGGCUCAGGCGUCCUGGACGAGCUGGACAUGGGGACAGUCUUUCAGGCCAUCUUCAUCCCCCUGGUCCUCCUCAUCGUCGUGGUAAUUGUGCUGGUAUUCUACUGCAGAUUCUGUCGACGCAAAAACAAGAGCCCAGACGCACAAACCCGAGAGCCCUCAGGCCCCGCGGCACAGUGCUCUGUGGUGUAGGAGACCAAGUACUGUUACUGUUACAGCGCAGUACUUUUACCAGGGUGUACUCCCUGUGGAGUACUUUAGUUUUACUGCAUAAAUACUGCAACAAAGGAACAUCACCAUCAGUUAAAACAACAUUUGACCAGUUUAAAAAAAUGUUUGCAUGUUCUCCCUGUGUCUGGUUUGAUUUCCAUCGGUUUCCUUAAAGAGGAGGUAUUUGACUUCUAUGGGGUAUUAAAGAGGAGGUAUUUGACUUCUAUGGGGCAUUAAAGAGGAGGUAUUUGACUUCUAUGGGGUAUUAAAGAGGAGGUAUUUGAUUUCUAUGGGGUAUUAGACUUCUAUGGGAUAUUAAAGAGGGAGUAUUUUACUUCUAGGGGAUAUUAAAGAGGGAGUAUUUUACUUCUAUGGGAUAUUAAAGAGGGAGUAUUUUACUUCUAGGGGGUAUUAAAGAGGGGUAUUUGACUUCUUUGCAGUAUUAAAGAGGGAGUAUUUGAUUUCUAUGGGGUAUUAAAGAGGGGUAUUAGACUUCUAUGGAGUAUUAAAGAGGGGUAUUUUACUUCUAUGGGGUAUUAAAGAGGGGUAUUUCCCUUCUAUGGGGUAUUAAAGAGGGUUAUUUGACUUUUGUGGGGUAUUAAAGAGGAAACAUGAGAUCUGGUCCACUGCUCCUGACAGUGAAGAAUGGGUCAAAUGCAGACUCUCCACAGGGACGAACAAAAUCCAAAAGAAAAAUCCAAAAGUAUGAAUAUUGCGAAGUUUCCGUUUGUGCAGCCUCUCGGGGUAAACGUGAGAAGCGGGUCUUUUUACUAGUUUUGCACUGUACACUGGGAAAACUGAUGUGUAUAUGAGAUAAAAUGUCCUGAGUUCAGAAUAUCACUGUGAAUUUAGAGAAGUUUGACAAGGUAUUUUUAGCUUUGGAGUAAAUGAGGUCACCUAAUGUGUGCUUUUAAACACAUCUAAAGUCGUCAGAUGGAUCCAUAUUCUGAGUUCAGGUCCGGGUCUCUCAUAGUAGCAGGUUUUUACAGUGUCGUAUUUGGGACUUGCAGGUGAGUCCCGGUGUUUUAAAUGUGACUGUAUAAAUACCACUAUCUCCACUCCAACCACUACACAGCACUUCUGUUACAUCUGACACAAGAAAACACACAGUAUUUUUAUAGUACUACAGAGGCUGUGCGUUAUCACUGUAAAUGAAUCAACACUACACUAUGUUUUGUGCCAAACGUGA